CCCGGAGCUCCCGCCUCCCCCGGGGGCCGGGCGCUGCCCUCCGGCGGCGCGGCGGAGCAGGUGCCGGCGGCCGCGGCGGCAGCGGGCUGGCAGGAUGGAGGCUGCCUUGCUGAAGCCGGCGAUGAUGGCGGAGGUGAAAGGGAGCGGCGCCGGCCCCGGCGUGAGCGCCGAGCUGGAGGUGAAGAAGCUGCAGGAGCUGGUGCGGAAGCUGGAGAAGCAGAACGAGCAGCUCCGGAGCCGCGCCGCCGCCGCCGCCGUGACCAGCGGCCCGCCCAGCCCGCACCUGCUGCUGGCCCCGCCGCCGGCCCCCGGAGGGCUGCGCCCCGCCAGCCCCCCCGCCCCGGCCGCGCCGUGCAUGCCCAGCCCGGUGCCCACCAUGCUGUGCCCGCCGGAGCCCCUCGCCUACUUCAAGCCUUCGCCCGGCCUCCCGGCGGCCGGCGGCGGGCUGGACGGCGGCGGCGGUCCGGGGGCGGCGGCCACGGUGCUGGACGAGGUGGCGGUGCUGGAGCUGGAGGACGGUUGCGGAGAGGACGAGGAUACCUGGUUGUACGUCUUGCCUACCAAGACUCACACUUCUCAAGACAAAUCAUUGAAUCCUCUGCAGUGGUGCAGGCGUGUUCUGGAUCAUCCAACUCCUGAGACAGAGGCUGCAAAACGUUCCCUAUGCUUUAGGUUGGAGCAAGCUAGCCGAUGGCGGAACCUCUUCUCUACACCUGUCUCCUUGGCUUUUCCCUAUAGUCCUGUUGCAAGACUCACCCCGUACACCAAUGGCUUUAAUAGUCCCAGCUUCUCUAAAACCUCCAGUAAAGCAAUACUAACACCUGAACGGACAGGUUACAUUUCUAGGAGUUCCCCUUUGAGUCCACAGUCAUCAGUAGACAGUGAACUGAGCACUUCAGAACUGGAAGAUGAUUCCAUCUCAAUGGGGUACAAACUGCAGGAUCUCACUGAUGUUCAGAUCAUGGCUCGUCUACAGGAGGAGAGCCUUAGGCAAGAUUAUGCUUCGACUUCAGCAUCUGUGUCAAGGCACACUUCCAGCGUCUCUCUGCAUGCGGGAAAGAAAGGGACAUGUGGUGACCAGGAAUAUGAUCGCUAUAGUCUUGAGGACGAGGAAGAGUUUGACCACCUUCCACCUCCACAGCCACGUCUGACUCGCUGCUCCCCCUUCCAGAGAGGGAUCCCUCACUCACAGACUUUCUCCAGUAUCCGGGACUGCAGGAGAAGCCCUACUUCCCCACAAUUCCCUACAAAUACUUAUCAGCAACCCUACUAUUCUCCUCAAGCCCAAACUCCAGAUCAGCAACCAAAUAGGAUUAAUGGAGAUAAACUUCGAAGAAGCAUGCCUAACCUCACUCGGAUGCCAAGUACCCCCACCGUUAACAGUAAUGCUGGCUUUGCUGGUUCUCCCGUCACUGUGAGGAACAGUCAGAGCUUUGACUCCAAUUUACAUGGAGCGAGUAAUGGGAUUUCAAGGAUGCAGUCAAGUAUUCCAUCACCAGGACAGCUUCAGCACCGAGUUCACAGUGUGGGACAUUUUCCAGUGUCUGUCAGACAGCCUCUCAAAGCUACUGCCUACGUAAGCCCAACCGUACAAGGUAGUAGUAGCAGUAGCAGUAGCAGUCUUCCAGUGUCCAGCAACUCGCAGUUAUAUUCUAACACUGGGAUCCCAAUGCCAAACAAGACUGCCAGUCAAGGGCUUGUGGGGCGCAGUGCUCUUCCGAGACCAUCGCUGGCCGUCAAUGGGAGUGGCAUUCCCAGAAGUAAAAUUGCACAGCCAGUUCGAAGUAUCCUAAAUGAUGGCUGACACUAGAACCAGGAAUGCAGACACAUUGACAUCAAAAGCAAUCGUAAUAUGGAUGUGGCAACAAGGGUGGGGGACAGAGUGGAAGGAAGAGGAGCACUUUGAAGAUGUCAUGAUAACUCAGGCAUGUUUAGAUUCAGUAAGUAGGUGUGCCUUUUUCUGUAUCCUGCUCAUCUGCAAAGUAGGAUGUUUGAAGAGAGGGAAAAAUGAAAUGUUAUUUCCAGUAAAGGGGAGGAGACUUAACAAUGGCAAAAUUGUUAACAAUGGCAAAACACAAACAGUGGAGAGAGCAUUAGAAUUUUUAGCCAAGGAAUAACUGUCUAUACAGUGUAUGUAUUUGAAAUACAGAGGAAAACUGCUGCCUUUUCUAUUUUUCAAAGCACUGAUGUUUAUAAUUUAUUUGUUAUUGAAUUUUAUAAAACUGUUACAAUAAAUAUAAGACUAGAACUGAAUAAUAUUUUCCCCUGUUAGUUUGGUUAUUUGCCAGAGACAUGAUUAAAACUAUAUGUGAAUUCAAUCUGUACUUGUAAAUACAAAAUUUGGUUAGUUAUUUUUUAAUUGGAGACUAAUAGAUCAGGACUAUGGCCAUCUCUUGAAAUUUUGGCGGAGGUAACUCAAGGAACCCAUGUGCUGAGGUGGCCUCCGGGGUAUCACAGAACCAAACCCAGGGUACCAGACAUUAAGUCUUCCCUUAUGUUUGCCUAUCGUGCCAGCACUCAUAGUCCUAAUAAACUGAGACUCAGACCACUCAUGACGAAGAUGCACCAACAAGGUUUUGAUAAAGGCUCUGCAUUGUGUCUGUUAAGAGUAAGGGAGAAACCAUUUCCCAAGUGGAUCUCAGCCUAAAAAGUUGCAGUGAUGGUCAAUAGGACAAACCACUCAGAGACACAUUUGUAACCAUAGAGUAAUGGUACAUUGAAGGCCAGAAAAUGUGAUUUUGCACAAUAACAAGGCCCAUGUGUAACUGCAGAGAGCUUCCAGCUCUACCGUUCUUCAAACCUUGCAAGCCUGCUGGCAAGAUGAGAACAAACCAGAAGUCAUUCCAAUCACUGCUGGGGCGGUUGUGCCUGUAGAUCCAGUGGUAUGGAUAUCCAGUGGGUCUACCAAGGAACGAGUACAAUUAGUUCAACACCACUUAAUAACUAGAGUAGUUUUUAUUUUGCAGAUGUUUCAGGGCAUUAUCCAUAAAAAAAAAAAUAUAAAUUCUACUUUCUACUUUUUUUUCCUUGAAAGUUGAAUAUAUAAUCCAGAUCAUGAAGCUGAAACUUCAAAGUAUUACCCUUGUCUGAGAUGAUCUUGAAUACUGCCACUCAUUUGGCCUAAAAUCCAUGUUUGGAAUUAUUAUCAGAACCUUUCAUUCUCACAGGUGAAUUAAUAUUGAAAUAUUUAAGAGAAAACGAGACAGUGUUAAUAAGAGACAUUUAGAGAAAGUGUCAAAGUACCCCAGGUCUCUACAGGUACAUAAGGUAUCUAAAAUGUCAAAAUGAAUUUAAAAUUCUUAGUUCAAUUAUUGCACAUAUAUAUAUAUAUAUAUAUAAAUGUGAAUAUAAAUUUGUGUGUUGGAGGUUCUGUGACAUAACUUGAAAAGUACUUACUUUGAUUAGUACCAGAUCAACCUUUCCUAAUUUUGCUCUAAGUAUUGCCAAUUUUGAGCUUUUGAAGAUUCACUGACUUUCAGUGGUCUGUUUCCCUCCAGAUGUUCGUUAUCACCUCUGCCAUUUACCACCCUAUAUCCAGCCAGUAAAGCAAUUUGUGAGUACUCCCUUAACUCAUUUCAGGGAAAAUUAAUUGGAUUAAAUUCUUUUGUUUAAGCAGUUUACCUGGUUUGCUCUGUCUGAAGUGGAUUAGGAAACCCUAAUAUAAACUGUUCUUCUAGCAGAAUUGUAGAAAUGCUGAAAUCUUUGGCAGUGACUUCUGCAGCAAGGCCUCACUCAAAGGAGCAGGACAGGGCAAUGAUCUCCAGGGACAGCUCCUCAAAGUACAAGAAGAUCAUUUGGAUAUGCAGGAAACAGCAGGUGUGGCAGGCAGCCAACUUGGCUGAACAGGGAACUCCUGGCUGAGCUCAAACACAAAAUGGAAGUAUACAGAUAGGGGAAAUGGAAAUCAGCUAAGGAAGAGUAUGGAAAUUAUUGCUGGAGCUUGAAGGGGUAAAGUUAUGAAAACCCAAGCCUGGCUGGAGUUUAAACUGACUAGUGAUAGGAAAGGCAAUUGGAGGGACUUCUGACUACAUUGGGAGGAAAAGGAAGACCAACAAAAAAUACAGAUCCACUGAUGAAUAGGAUGGAUGACUUGAUGAUGAAGGAUAUAGAAAAGAUAGAUUGACUCAAUGACCUGAUUCUUACUGGCAAGGUCUCCUUUCCAGCUUCCAUAAUUUCUGUGGCAGAAUCUGGGGAAAGAAAUGUUACCCCAGGUAGGGUGUGUUGGAAUUAGAGACCGCUUAAGCAAACUGGACAUAUACAAGACCGUGGGACUGGACAGAAUGCAUCAAAGAUUGCCAACGGAUCUGGUCUAUGUCACUGAGGUUCUCUUCAUCAUCAUCUUUGAAAAGUGGUAGAGAGUGCAGGAGGUUCUUGAAGAUGUGAAAAAGAAAAAUGUCAUGUACAUCUUCAGAAAGUGCAAGGAAGAGGAUCUGGAAGACUACAGGCCAAUCAGUCUCACUUCAGUCUGUGGAGAAGUUAUAGAGCAAAUCCUGCUGGAGACCAUUUCCAGGUAUAUGGAGGAAAAUAAUGUGGUUUGCCAAGGGCAAAUCAUGCCUAACCAGGAAUACCUGUAGAGCCUUUAAGUUCCUUGAACCAAAUAUCAUAGAAUCAUAGAACAUAUUGAGUUGGAAGGGACCCAAUGGGAUCAUCGAGUUCAACUCCUAGCCCUGCACAGGACACCCGGAUAAUCACACCAUGUGCCUGAGAGUGUUGUCCAAGCAAUUUACUAUCUCAUCUCAGAAAAGGUGGCAGUUAUGCCAAACUGCAUUAAUCCAAUUAAGUUUUACAGUCAAAAUGAUUUCAUCAAGCACAUAGGGAAGGGAGAAAAACAUUGCACACUGGAAAAGGGUGGGAGGUAAAGACUGCAUUAUUUCCUUUAGUAACCACAGGGUAUAAGUAACUGAGGCCCAUCACUGUUUCUUGUACCUCUCACAUGAAAUCAACAGAAAAUCCCAUAUUUGAAUACACUUGGUCUCUGACAUUGGUUACCUUUAGGGUAAAACUUAGCUUGAUAAAAACUUUCUUUUCCUUUUCCAAUUAAUAUACCUUGAUUUCAACUGAUUUAGAGGCAGGUUUUCUCCCUUGGCCUUUAAGAUUAGUGAAAGAUAAUGGUUAUUAGUAGUCUUUCUGUGGAAAGAUCUUUAAACAAAGGUUUUCACUGUUGUCUAGGAAAAACAGAACUCUAAAAUGUCUCUAAAUCUCCUCUGGAAUUGAAGACCAAGAAGAUCCAAAGCAAGAACACUUCAGCUAACAGCACUUGGUUUCUAUUUUCACCUGUCUCUCCAAGAAGUACAAUAUUCUGUAAGAGCUCAAAAGAUAUCCUUGGAGUGCCCAAUACAGGGGAAUAACAGUUUUUAAGAACA